GUCGCAACUACGCUCGACAAGUUGACAACCAAGGUCUAGAUCCAGAGUUCUAUACAGCAGCCACAGACACGGCCUCGCCCGGACCUUGACGAUGGCAAAGACCACAACGCCCGAGCUAAAAAAGUUCAUGGACAAAAAGGUAUUUGUACAGCUGAAUGGAUCGCGCAAGGUGAUUGGCACGCUUCGUGGCUACGACGUAUUCCUCAAUGUCGUUCUCGAUGAUGCGCAAGAAGAAAAGGCGGGCGGUGAAAAGGUCAGCAUAGGCCAAGUGGUCAUUCGCGGCAACAGCGUGGUUAUGCUCGAAGGUCUCGAGCGAAUGUAACCGAAUGAUUACUAGGCUGGUUUAGUCAAGUUCCAUCGUAUCCGCGGCAUCAGAAAUGCUCAUCUCGUCUGGCUCUUUCUCAGCGACAUGGCCCAUGUUUCUAGUGCCCUGCAACGACCUAGAAAUCACCUCAUCCGGGCGGCCAUUGUACAACACGAGCUGCGAGGCCUCUGGCGGACCCAUCUCUGAUAUCUUGUAUCCAGCGUCCGAUGGCAUCGCCUUUCUCCCUGCAAACAUCUUGUCGAUACCUUCUGGUAGAUUGAAGAUAUACGCUGGCUCUUGCUCCUGUUCCUCUUGUGUGAUGUCACGCAGCUCCUCCUCCAGCGAUUGUAUGACGACCGUAUGCUUGUCCUUGUCAAAGCUGGCCGGGUCACGCAUGUC